GUGUGGGGCGCAGACCCAGACGUCAGCAAAACGUCAGAUAUGCCUCAACUAAUAAAAGUGAAUGGGGAAGCUCUAGAACAAGUGCAUCAAAUUGGACUCCAACUCUUCGACUAUGAGUUAUUUGCUCUCCCGUUGGAAAUGGUGCGACAUAUCGGACUGUGCUGUGUCAACGAUCCUCGCAGUGUGUUCAUCGCUCACGACAAACGAAUCUUAGGUAUAAUUCUUCAGGAGCUUGAUGCACUGCUGCACAAACACAAGGUGCUUUCCCCGGCGCAAGCUCAACUCCUCAGGGAAAGGAUCAUACCUACGAUUCUUCCGGGGUCAUCAGAAUUCAACACCCUUCUCGAAGACUCCCAGCAGGAUCCCCAGACUAAGAACGGAUAUAUCCUCAAACCUGUUCGUGACGCCCGUGGGAACGGCAUUCUUCUUGGAAAGAACAUAUCUGUUCACGAAUGGGAAACGAUGCUUGCAUCCCUUGGUAGUCAGGCCGCUAAGACCAGCGUACCACAGUAUAUGAUUCAGCAUCUGCUGCCACUACCGUCCUUUCACUGGUUCUGGGAUGAGCAGCGCAGGGUUCGAGAAAGUCGCAUGGUUGGAACCUAUUUUUCUGUGAAUGGGCGUUUCGUUGGACUUGGUAUGUGGCGUGCAGCAUCGGCAUCGGAGGAUGUAAUUGCAGCUUCGACAAAAGAUGCGACAGCGCUUUUGUCAGUCAUUCCUGUAGGUCAGUGAUAUAUUGAAAGUCCAUAUUUGAAAUGGAGAUAGGUUUAUGUGCUUUGGGGUGAC